AUGGCCCAUGUCCAGAAUCAUAUAGGGCUAACUUUAACCCGUACAGAGAGGACUCAAAGCUCCGAUCACGCCCGUGGGGCACGCUCUGUCAAGGCCAGCAUUAUUAGCAGCAUUACUCCGGAGUAUAUUUCAAUGUGGCUUAGAUGGCCCAAUCGUGUCAACAGCGAUAUCGGGUCAGUUUACAGAUUGAUGACGCCCGAUGGCGGGCAUGUCGCCGUGUUGGUGCCCGGGAGGUGGCUUACAGGCCGAUUUAAUAUCGAGAGGCUCAUAGGCCGUGAGGCGCAAGCAGUCGACAGCUCAUACCUUGGUUCCCUGUUGCCCAGCUUUAAUAUAUACCAUUACUAUCCGCUGAGCAGCGCUCUCUUAUCGCGCUCAGCCCUUCCGCUGGAUCCAGUGUGGGUGACAAUGACAGGCGUCGAGGUGUUAGCGGUCGUGUCGUGCGUGGCAGCGAUUAUUUCUGCCUACCAUGAUGGAAGCGAGCUGGUCAGCCGCAUCAAGGCAAGGAGAUUGGAAAGAAAGCAGGCUCUGGAGCAUCGUCCAACACAGGAUCUCGAAACCUCGCUCAGCCUCGGUCCGGUUAUCGUAAAGGGUCAAUACGACAACGAUUAUCGACGGUUUGGAGAGCUGACAGACCCUGUCCAGCGAUACGCACAAGGUGACCAAAUCGCCCGGGAGCAACUGAAAGACAUUAUCAUCAACUUACAGAUGGCGUUACUAUCGAACCUGUCUGCGUCAUUGACACACGAUGUGGAACUUGACUUCGUUACCCUGCAGAUUGCCUCGGACAACAGCCGGGUCGACGCCGUCAUGGCAUUAUGCCAGCUGUAUCAGAGGCUGGCUCAAGCGGAGCCGCUAAGAGGUCAUCCUAUCGUGCCAAAUCUUCCUAGCGGAGGGGGGUCCUCGCCGCUUUCUCAAACUCCUCCAGAUCAUCAUCUGUUCUCAUAUACCAGCACCUUCUCGUCAACGGGAAGUUUCGUCGGUCAGUCGUCGGCCUUGUCCACCAGCGCGCCUGCCCAUCCGCACUUCAAUCAAUCUGAACAACACAAUACAAACACGCAGGACGCAAGGCGGGCAUCCGGGGGUUCGUCCCUGUCCCUGCCCACUCGAACACGGUCCCUCUUCAGCAACUGGCGGAUCCGGACCCCACAGCGUCAUAGUCAUGGGGAUCAAUUCCACAUCGCGCCUGUAUCUGAGACGGAGGAGAAACCAGGCCGGAUGCAUAAUGACAUGUUAGAGGUUGGGAUGUCGAUGUUUCCGAACCCUCGGAGACGACCAAUGUUGCCGGGUCGCAGUUCUCAGGGCGAAUACUACUCUCCCGAUGAGGUCAACCCAUGGGCGCAGACAGGUUCCGAGGAGGAUUCAGCAUCGAGUAUUGCCCCCGAACGAUCCCACGAUCCAGAAGCGAUGGACGUCUUUGACCCGGACGUCUGGGGCAGUGUAUAUUCCGAACGAACGUCAGAAAGAAACAUCCCUACACACGCCCGGACGGCCUCGUCAGUCAUCUCAGGACAUUCCAGCAAUUCGUCCACAAGCGGCACCACGUUGCCCAUUCCCAUAUCGAGCGGGACAUCGAUGAGUCUCUACCUUCCAUGCGAAGAGAACAACUACGCGGGGUUUUGCAAGGGAGCAUGGAAACUGCAGGUAGGGUUAAAGAAGAAAGCAUUCUCAAUCCGCAUGCGCCCCGCAGGGAUGUACAACGAGAUCCCCUACUGGCGCUGCUCAAAAUGCUGCUACGAAGGGCCCGUAAGGGGGCAAUCGGCCCGGUCGACAUGGAAAUACGACAAUCAAGUGCGCGUCCACGAGCCGACGGGCAUCCGCUACCGCUGGGUGUUUCUGGCAAAGUCUCACUUCCACUGCAAGCGCGUGCCCGAGAGAACGGACGGUUCGGUGGGGACGUUUGGGUGUAUCUUCUGCUGCGCUGAGCGCCGCGGCCCCGCACCGGCUUUUGGGAACUUGGCCAGUUUUAUGGAGCAUUUGCUGCAGCAUCGGCAGAUGUCGCCGGGGUUGGAGGCGCUGUUGGAUCGCACGCGGUGUAUUGUAGGGAGGGUGGCGGGCAAUUCUGAGGAUUUUGAUAUCAAUUUGCCGGGAUGA